AGGAGGAGGAGGCAGCGGCAGAUGAACAUCAGGCAGAAGGACAGAAGGAGAAGGAGGAGGAACUGGGAGGCGCAGCUCCAGCGGCUCAGCGGACAGGAAACCAGUAAAAAGGUGAGAAUGAAGCUCAGCUGCUCAGACGGCGAGAGCCGCUCAGAGAGGAGGAGGAGGAGGUGGAGGAGGAAGAGGAGCGAUGGGUGAGUCUCAGUCGAGGUCAGUGAUGCUGCACCAUCAGGACCAACAUGUGAACUCGGCCUACAGAGGCGGCAACAGGAACAAAGACAGCAACUUCAACUUCCUGCCAGGCGGCAACCAUGAAAGCUUCGCAGAGACCAGGAGGGGAGCAGAUGAGAACCGGAACCAGGGCCGCCCCCGGAACCUGACCUUGGGCCGCGACCCCCACGCUUCGCCUACCUCCAGCUUCCAGCAGAACCCUGGCCUCAUGUCGCCGCGCUCCCGCCUGCCCUGCUGGAGCCCCCUGGAGCCCCUCCCUGAAAUCGAGACGGGAGACGACGGGUACGGCCGGGUUCCACCUGACGGAGCGGAGGAAUGGAGGGUGGAGGACGAGGGGGGGAUGAUGACCAUGUUUGAUGAGAGGAAGGUGCGUCAGAGGAAGGAGGAAGGAACCGACGACCUGGAUGACGAAUGGGGAGAUACCGCCUCGGAGUCGGAGUUCAGCUCUCGCUCCGGCGGCAGCGUCUCCUCCCUGAAUAUGGAGAAUGGGGGGGAGGCGGCGCUCCUGGGGGGGUUGGACCGGGUGGGAGUGGGAGAGCCAAAACCAGGCAGGCCUGAAGCCGGGCCGACCAGAACCAGCAGAGGAGCAGCUGUGAGGAAGAGGAGCUUCGGCCACAAGUCGCUGACCCAAAGCGGACUGGGCGACCUGCAGGAGGAGCGUCACCAUGACGACAACCAAUCCUCUGACUCUGACCGUGAGCUGCCGGAGCUGAUGGACGCCGUGUGGACUCUACGGGACCGGGAACGCUUCAAGGCGCAGGAGAUGGAGAAGCACCAGGUGCAGCUGACCAUGUACCGCCGCCUGGCGCUGAUCCGCUGGGUCCGCACGCUGCAGGGGCGGGUCCAAGAGCAGCAGAACCGCCUGCAGUCCAGCUUUGACGUCAUCCUGACCCACAGGAAGGAGCUGCUGCGGAUGGGAGCCGCUACUUCUGUCGCCACAGUCGGCCAAUCAUAAGGAGCCCUGCUGUGUGAUGUCACAGAGUCCGUGUCUAUUCCUGUUUUGAAAUUUAACGAGUUAAACUCGACUUUCUGUCUCUGUGAUUGUUCUUUAUUCAAAGCUGAACCUGAAACCAUUAAUGUGACAGCACUGUGAGCAUGGAGGACGUUACCAUGACGACACAAAGACGUCACCGCGAAGACACAAAGACGUAACCGUGACGACAUAGUACCACACCACGACGACGCAAAGACGUCACCACGAAGACACAAAGACCUAACCGUGACGACACAAAGACG